GCGUGCGUGCGCUGUUUUCAGAUACCGGGAGGACCACUGUGGAGUGGAGUUUGAGAAAUGUCAAAGGCCCAAGCAAAUUAAACCUGAGAUGGAACACGUCAGAGAUUUGCAUGCAAGUCCUGGAACAUCACUGAAGGAGGAACCUGAGGGCCAUAGACAUUUCAGCUUCACUUCUGUCCCACAAUCACCAAUUUCAGACAACCAAGAUGGAGAGACAGAGGAGAUGAAUUCAACCAUGUUUCCAUCUACCACCACCAUGUCAUCAGUCCACUCCAGCCCCCAAAUCAAUUCUACUACAAUCCCUGACCUUAUGAUGCAAGGUACAGUCAUGGCAGAGGUUCCGCAUGACAGCAGUGAUGAAGGGUUGAGCACGACCACUUUGAAUGUGCACAACAGUGAAGCACACACGCUGUCUCCGCCGGCGACUGAGUUAGACACACGCAAACGCCAGCAGGACCCACCACACACACUCAGCCCUCAGCUCUUGUCUACAGUAGUACGCCGCACAGAGAUCAACACCACUAUGCAUCAGUCCACUCAUUUUGCUCUGACAGAUGACAGCAGUAAUGGUAGCCAUAGUAACUCCUCUCAGAGCAGUGUUUCAUUGGGACCCAAGACACCGCUUAGCUUCUCCCUGUCUGAUAGCACUGUAACUGGAUCAAUGGAGGCAACUCGCAGUGUUGCUAACAGCAGUGCGUGGACUCUUAGCAAUGACCCUGUCACUCCUACAGCUGCUAGCCAUGUAAUUGCUCUUAGCUCUGUGGGUAGCACAGCUGGAGAGGCUGUUAACACUCGCAGACCUUUGAUCGGGGACACAAACCAGACUCAAUUAACACGCACCCCUGUAACGACUACCCCAUGGCCCAAACCAACCCCAACACACCAUCAGGACUUGCGAUCUAUGAUUCCAAGCAGAGAUACUCCAGCCAUCCAAACGCACAGUCCAAUAGAGAAGUCAGGCACAUGGACCCUAGCAGUGCAGGCCAACACAAAUUCCUCUCACUCUCAGACUGGCGGACAUGCGCCAUCCACGGCUGUAGCCACUCAACUGUCCCGGCUUCACCCUUUCACUGUCAAAAUUGAUAAGGACUGGUCACACAAGGGGCGGGUUUUCAUUGUGGAGGACCAACCAGUAAUCAUCAAAGUGGAAACAUUCCAAGUGCUGUUACAGGUGACACUGGAGCAAAACUCUUCCCUCCCUGUAUGGCCAAUGGAGGUUGAGCCAUUCCUACACAGAGUAGCAGGAUACCAGAACCAGCAUUUGACCUGGCACAGUGGUCCAGUGUUCCAGACAGUGGUCACAUUCCAGACCAUGGGAGCACUCUCCUGGCUGGGGAGGGUGGAAUCUCUUUUGUCCCAGGCUGGGCUAAGUCCACUUCCCAGGAAGGGUAUAUUUGUAGGUGGAGUAAGGGUGAAAAACAUCACUAUAGGAGGCUUGCACUCUGACAUGUGCGCCUGGCUCUUUGAGUGCCCACCAGGUUACCAGUGCGUGUCCUCAGAAGGCAAUGCUAGCUGCAGCUCUGUUUGCCACUCCGAAUACUGCAGACACAACGGCAUCUGCGUCCAUCGACCUGGCGAGCCACCCCUCUGCCAGUGUCCUGUCGGUGAGGAUUUCUGGUUUAUGGGCCAGCGCUGCGACCUUCGUAUGACCCGCCAGCGGUUGGUUGGCAUGUGCAUUGGUGUUCUGUGUGUGGCAGUGGCACUGAUGGCACUUCUCUCUUAUCUGGCUGUGCGUCGCUUUAAGAGCAUCCUGAUUCAGGCCAAAGUGGACCAAACACGUAGCAGUUAUCGCAGGUUUAACCACUUUGAUGAGUUGUCGGCUCGUUUCUGGGGAAGGUCAUGGCCAGGUUCGGAGGACUCACUAGAUAACCCUACCUUCACCCGCUCUGAUGAAUUACUGCAUAUGAGGGCACUGGAUCGUACCUGCUGUUACCAUGACGACACAUUGUCCAUCGCCUCCACCUAUCAAGGCAGCACAACACACCUCAGUACCAUAUAUCCUCGCAGUUCUCAGUAUCACUGGAAUCUGAGCAACUGCAGCCUAGCAGAUUGUGUGAUUGAUUCGGGAAAGGCCAGCGACCUGUCCGUAUGUAGCUGGCCAAUCGAGCCAAUUCAGUGGACACCUUUCCCUCUACUACAGCAGCUCAACAGAAACACUAAUUCAGUGAAAGUUUCACGUCCUCGUUCUUACUGCGAGGGCAUGGAACUGGUGGACCUGGAGAAGAGCUGGACAGCAUGAUGAGGAAACAAACAAACAAACACCAAGAUGGCCAAGACUGAGCAAGGACUCAAUGACAAGUGUUACACCAUGUCAAGUGUUACUCAAUGACAAAUGUUACACCAUGACAAGUAUUUCAAGAAUACUUGAAAAUAUCAAGAAGCAUUUCUUCUUAAUUAUUCAGUUAAAUUAGUGAUGUGCUCUGAUUUUUUGAAUACUUUCAUUAAAUAUAACUGUUAAUAA